GGUGGUAUGAAGGUCAAGGCCGAUCGUGACGAGUCAUCCCCUUACGCUGCCAUGUUGGCCGCUCAGGAUGUUGCUGUGCGAUGCAAGGAAAUCGGUAUCACCGCCCUCCACAUCAAGAUCCGUGCAACCGGUGGUACGGGUACCAAGACACCUGGUCCUGGUGCUCAAUCUGCUUUGCGCGCCUUGGCUCGUGCUGGUAUGCGUAUCGGUCGUAUUGAGGAUGUCACACCCGUCCCAACCGAUUCUACCCGUCGCAAGGGUGGUCGUCGUGGUCGUCGUUUGUAGGUUCGCACACUUGUGUCUUGUUGGCGCCGAUAUAUGCUGGACUAUUCAUUUUGGUUCGCUAUGUUGUGCCUGCGACUACAAUGAGCCAUUACAUAGCCAAAGACUGUUCUCUCUACC